CGCCUCUUAUGAUCGUUCGAUGCCCUUCAACGGCACCUUACACUCUUAUCAACUUGUCACUUGGCGUGUCGCAAAACUCGCGACCCUUAAUUGCAUAUCUUCAGAAGCUUCAUAUUCAUGCAACAAUGAUUAUUAUCAAGCUUGAUGAUGAGGAUGCAUUCGAAAUUAUUGGAUGGUGCGCGACGAUCGUCAAUCGGCAUUAUGGCUGCUGCAUUGACGUUUAUGUAUAUUCAGACCUAUAAGUCUGAAUUCGUUGAUUGCAUAGCCAGCAUCGAAAAUUGUUUAGUACGAUGUUUGUUGACGCUGCAAGCACCCGAAAGUGUUAGAUAUAGUGGACAUUAUAAUUUCGAUUACGAAUACGUACACCGAGUACAUUGAUUGUAAAUUUGAAUUCCUUCUGAUUUGUACGUUAUUGUACAUAUGUAUGUAUCCGCAUUUCACUGAUCUUGACACUUUGAUUCCGGUCAUGAGUGAAUUUAACGUUCCACGAUGUCAAAGAUGGAUGGAUCGAAUUUAGGCUACUCAUACCACUUGCCAUCAGGAGGUUGGAACUUCCGAAUCAGGAAUGCUCUCUCUCAAUUCAGCGAUAUCUUCAGCGAAUUCAACAAGUACAUCGCACCAGCCUAUCACCAUGAUCGUUGCGAAAGAUCUGUCCAAAUGCGAUUAUAUUCCAUGCACAAGCGCGAAUUUGUUAUGGUUUUCGUCGCGUUUUUUGCGUGUUUCGGCCUGGCUGUGUUCAUUGGCCUUGCAGGUCCACCAAUCACCUCUACUACGGAGCAAAAAGCACAUUUGAAUGGUAGCGAGAUGGCUACAGGACCUUAUAUCAUGCGUACGCCCGCCCUGUCUACUUACAGCCAACAGCUUUGGGUCAUCGCGAAAUUAUCCACUUCGAAUACCGACAACGAAAGGUACGACGAGAGCUUCCAAGUGAGCGUCUCCAUCGAUGGUCAAGCAUCGGAUCAUCGGGCUGUAUCCAUUUUGGCGCCAGAAGCCGGCCACAAUAGGACGAGGCACCUGACGUGCGAGCGUCAGUCUUGCGAGGAGUUGGUCGUAGUACAUCUUGGAUUCCUCGACUACUCUCACUACAUCAUCACCGUCCGCUUCCAUGGCCUCGAAAGCUUUUAUCAGCGAUACACAAUCCGCGAUCUCACAUUCUACUUUAAGAAUUACAAUCCGGCCUUCACGCAGAUCGAGAUCUGGUUUCGCUUGAUCUUUUUGUUGGCCACUUUCAUAGUUACGUGCUGGUUCGGCCUGUCCCUGCGUAAAUAUCCAGCGCACGACUGGUCAAUCGAGCAAAAGUGGUUAUCCAUUCUUUUGCCCUUACUUAUACUUUAUAAUAAUCCGCUUUUUCCGAUGACUUUCCUCGUCAACUCCUGGGUGCCUGGUAUGCUGGAUGCCAUUCUGCAGACAACUUUCCUAUGCGCCAUUCUCAUGUUUUGGCUGUGUGUAUAUCAUGGUCUACGUCAGAAUGAGAGACGUUUAGCAACGUUUUAUCUCCCGAAAUUGGUGGUUGUGGGAAUGUUAUGGGGAGCAGCCCUAACUUUGGCUACGUGGCUGCGCUGCACGGAGCUUGAAGACCCUACUUACAAUUAUGUCUUGGAUACUUCAAAUUACUACGGUUUUAAAGUGUUUUUCUUCGCUGUUGGAGGAGUCUACGUGGCCUAUCUCUUGCUGCUGAUAUUGAGGGCAUACAGCGAGUUGCGGUCGAUGCCUUACUUUGACUUAAGACUGCGGUUUUUGACGCUUCUGGCCGGCGUAGUCGCUGGAGUCUGUACAUUGGUGACGGCGCGACACUUCGGUACCGGUGUCUUUGAGGAUAGCUUUGCAUCUCGGCUAUCCACAUACUACAGAACUUCUGCUCAGUUCAUGGCACUUUAUGGGCUACUUAAUUUUUAUCUCUAUACCAUGGCCUACGUAUACGCGCCAGCCUUACAGCAGGUUUACGGACAACAUUCAUCGAUUACGAAAGAUAAUCCGGCUUUCUCGAUGAUAAAUGAAUCAGACGAAGAUGUUAUCUACGGAUCAGACGAAGAGAGUCGUUUGCCGUUGACGCGGCCACCCCGAAAUACUGACGACAGUGAUUGAAAACGUUGGUCAUUUACGCGGGUGAAAUGAAAUAAGAAUUUAAAAUACAGAAGAACUGUUGAUUCUGGGAAAUAUUGUUGUUUGUGGUUCGGUUGCCUUUUGACAUGAUUGAAGGUGUCCUUAUUGGCAUGGAGCUGUAUGAAAUAUAUCCUUGCUGUUCAUUAAAAACUGCCCUGACCGCGUUA